CUUUAUCCCCUUUCUUUCUUCACUUGUUUUUCUCCCGCAAAUUUCUUUUCAUUCCCGUUUUGUUUAUCUUCCACACUUACAAAGCUAAAAAUUUCUUUUGUCAUUGAAAACACCACCACCCUUUUUCAACUGGAACUACUAGGGUUUCCCCUUUUAAUCUUUGUGAAGAAAGGCAUAACCAAGUGCUGGUCUUAAAAGGGGAUGAUGAAGAAGAAGCUCUGUUUCCCUGACUGGAUUCCACUCCUAUUAUUAUGUCAUCUACAUCUGCCAACCCUUGUUUGUUCCAAGCACCAUGGAAACCCUGCAAAUGAUCUUGUUGAGAUCAUUAACCAGAAUAGAACUGCUCAAAAACUUGAACGACUAAAUGAUAAUCCCGGUCUUGGGUGCAUGGCCCUCCAAUAUGUCGAGUUAUGCAAGGGGAACUGCAGUGGGAACAGCGCUGUAAACUGUAAACCACCCACGGAUGACUUCACUGAAGUAUUUGCUCCCAACUGUGGUGUAGAGCUGCCUACAAUUGGCACGAUUACCGGCCACAUUGUGGGUUGUCAAUCGAAAUAUACAGAGCCAUCACUAGCCUUUGCAAAUGUUCUUGUUAAAGACAAGAAGAGCUUAACUGUUUUGAGAAAUAAAUCGCAUAGUGAGGUGGGAGUUGGCUUGAUUGGGUUCCACAAAGGUCCUUUCUUUUGGUGUGUUCUUUUUAGUAAUGGUGGGACAAAUUCUAGCUUCGUUCUUGAAGAUCGCGGUGAAGGGAUAAAGCAGAAGAAAGGGUGCUAUAGUGGAAGUGCAUUUCCUUGCAAUGCUGGACACAGAAGUGCUAUGUUGUUUAACUAUAUUAUUACCUUUAGUUAUUUAUUCAUUUCGCUGUUGAACCAAAUUUGAUUGGCAUAAUGAAUUGCUCAAAUGACUAUGCUGGAGAUUUUGCACCUAAACUAAUAUAUUCCCACUUUUCACUCUA